AUGCCACCAUUGACACGAGCAGGACAGACAAGAAGGGAGGAGAGAGAUGAUGAUCAAGCAGCCACGACUGCAGGCAAUGGUCGGGAGGAGGGUUGGCUUAUGCAGGUGGUCAGGAUACUACAGUUGGCAAACCCGGUGCUGACAGCAGAGGAGGCAAUUGUAUGGGUGAUGGGCCUCAUCAGCAUUAGCAAUCAAGCUCCAAGAGGGGAGGCAGAGAAGAUUCCCAAGGACAUCUCGAGUGCCAUUGCACACAUUAAGAAACUUAGUGACAACAACUGGCACACCUGGGAGCCCACCUUUAUCGACUGUCUGCAAUGGGUGCAUAAUGCAAAGGAAAUCUUAUAUGGCGAAAUAGCACCUGGAAGCAAGGGAUAUGAUGAGGACCUGGACAAGGUGCUGGUAGGUCUUAUCCAUGCUUGCUUUGCUGUGGACGACUUCUCCUCCCUGAUCUACGUGGAACCACUCUGCACUAAGAGUGCUGCACUCCCGGCGCUGAGAAGGUGGAUCACCAGGAUGGAACGAGCAACAGACAGGAAACUCAAAACACUCCACAGCAACAAUGGAGGAGAGUGGUGCAGCUUAGGAGCUGAAGACUGGCAAACUCAAGAGGGUUUCAAGUGGCAAAAGAGCAUCCUGGGGAUCACAGCACACAUGAUGAACCUCACCCCAUCAGCUGCCAAGACCAUCCCCCACGAGGCCUUUUAUGGAACCACCACACACAAGCUGGCCCAGCAGCUGGCUAGAGCAAAGCCAGCCAUCAUGAUUGGAUACGAUGACGAGCACAAAGUGUGGAAGUUUUGCAACCUGGACCAGCCUGCAUCAAUUCAAUGGAGCAACUCAGCAACAUUCCAUGAGGACAAAGGAUGGAGUGAUUGCCAACAGGAGGCAGUCCAGCCUGUGGUGACCAUGGAGGUUGAGGAGGAGGGUGUCAUGCCAGCCAUAGUGGAGGAUCCCCUACCAGCUGUAGACAGCACAGUAGGCACCACCAACACAGCAGUACUGAACCUGGACCCAACACUUGGGGAAGCAAUGAAUGAGCUGGAAGGACUCGAGGCAAUGGGGACUUGGGAGGUGGUGAAUCACCUGCCAGGGGCACCACUCAUGGACUCUAAGGUCGUGCUUCAGCUAAAACUCGAUGCUGAUGCAAUCAGAGCUAUCCUAGCACUAGCAGUACAGAAUGACUGGGAGGUGCAUGCACUGGAUAUCACAAUGGCCUACUUAAACUCCAGGUUAAAAGAAGCGAUCUAUAUGAAACCACCAGAGGGAUCAGGAGUAGCACCUGGACAGGGAUGGGGUGAAGAUAUGGCCAUUGUGGUCAUCUACAUCGAUGAUACAUUAGUCAUAGCACCACAGCUGGAAACAGUCCUAAAGGUUAAGAAGCAGAUUGGUCAGAGAUGGAAGAUGGAAGAUAGUGGCGAGGUCUCUCACUUCCUCGGCAUCAAAAUUAGUCGAAACCAUAUGAUGCGCACCAUGACGAUUGGUCAGUCAGGGUACAUUGACCAAGUGCUGGCUAAGCACCUGGACAAAUGCACCAAGCCAACCAUGGUUCCAAUGCAGAGCAUACUGGAGGGAACCCUUGUUGCAAGUGCAGCACAACAGAAGGAGUAUCUGGUGAUUGUUGGCAAGCUGCUCUGGGUUGCCAACAGCACCUGGCCCAACCUUAGCCUCACUGUGAGUGUCCUCACUAGACACAUGCAUGAACCAUCCCAAGAGCAUUAUCAGGCAGCACAACAGGUCUUACACUACCUCAAAGGCACAAAGGAUGUUGGAUUAGUUUAUAGGGGAAAUAUGUCGCAAGAGCCACUGAUUGCACAUAGUGAUGUGAACUGGGCAAGUGAUGCCACCAUUCAGAGAAGGAGUACAUUGGGGUCAGUGGCAUUAGUGUAUGGGAACCCGGUAGCCUGGAAGUCAGCAACACAAAAAUGUGUAUCACUGUCCACCAUCGAGGCAGAGUUCAUUGCAGCCACGGAAGCAACACAUGAGGUGCUCUUCCUCAAGCAGCUGCUGCACUUGAUUGGUAUUGCCACAGGCACCCCAACGGUCUACUCAGACAACACUGGAUGCAUACAGGUUAGUAAAGACCCAGCACAGCACUGGAAGCUUAAGCACAUUGACACCAAGUAUCACUUCAUCCAUAACAAUGUUCAAGAGGGGAGGGUGCAAAUCAAGUACAUGGACACAACAAGGAAUUUGGCAGAUGUACUCACCAAGCCAAUCAGGAGACAGGCAAUACAGCAAGCGAGAUCUGGGCUACACCUGCAAAUACCAACAGUGGCAGCAUACGAAACGGAGUCCCCGAGCUAUGUGAUGAUGUUAAAGAAUGGAGGAUAUACCUUGAAACAACAGCAUAAUGAAUGGGGUACAUAUGCUGUUGAGGGGGGGAGUUAA